GAAGUCGGCGUCUACUCAACUUGGCUAGUGUUGGACGCAACGUUGGCGCAACUGCGCAACGACGCUAUUUUCCAUAGCGCUGAUUAGACGCCGACGCUCGAAGACGCUAGUGUGGGAUGGCAUUAACGGCCACCUCCCAAUAGCGUCUCCAGAACGUCAGCGUCUGGUUAACACUAUGGCUGCUGCUCAACACAACGUUGGGGUGGUCCAUAAUGCUUCUUUUUCUUUCAGUUCGACUUCACAAAGUUUAUAUUGAUCGUAGUCUGCGUCAUGGUGGCUUUGGCCGUCGUGGGCAUAGCAAUCACAGUAGCCCGCUUCGUGUUUGGAUUCUAUUCGAAACCGCUAAUGAUAGCGCUCCUUGUCUUGUUCACAAUAGUUAAUGUUGUGAUGCUUAUAAUCGAGCUACAAAUGGUGCUGGGAGGUAAAUCCAUUGAGCUGAGCGAGGAAGACUACGCACUUGGCGCCUACAUGCUUUAUACUUCCAUUGUACAAUUGUUUUUGAACCUUGUACAACUUCUUGGGAUUAUAGAUUGAUUCCUAGUUUUAACCAUGGCUCGGAAACCGGUUAAAUUUCCAAACCGUUAUCAUGUACAGUUAUAUCUACAGUAUUCGGUUCUUCAAAAAAGGGGUGUACAGGUUUUAAAGGGUCGGCAACGCGCAUGUAACACCUCUGGAGUUGCAGGCGUCCAUAGGCUGCGCUGACUGCUUACCAUCAGGCGGCCCGUAUGCUUGUUUGCCACCGUCGUGGUAUAAAAUAUGUACUUGGCGCAAAACCUUUUAAUUUCGGUUUCACUCGAUAAAACCGUUAUUUUUAAACCGUAAAAACGAGAAGAUUACAGUUCUUGUCGAAUUAACCGGUUUAACGCAAUAAAAACCAGUUUAUGUCUGUUUAUGUGGCACACCACCAGGCCAGCUAGCUGUUUCGUCGCUCGUCGAAUAAACUGGUUUGUUUAGGUACAAUAAAGUUCUGAAAACGUUCGCGUUCUUAUAAAAGUUCGGAGGAAAACCGUAACGAACCGGCAUUUACCGGUAUUUUAUAAACCGGUUCCGAGCCCCGGUUUUAACAAUUUGUUAUGGCCUUUGGAGAUCGGUCACGCUGAUUGGUGCUUGCGAAUGCAAUGAAAGUCGUAGUCAGAUACGUAAUGUGCAAGCUGCGGAAUGUUUCAAAAAAGUUGGAGGUUCUUGGGAAUUCCAGGGAAAUAUUAGAGGAAACUUACAUUUUGAUAAAGAACGAUUUCGAUCGCCAUAAUAAAAGAGAAGUUCCCGAAAUAUUUAACGCGGAAAUUUCAUAAAUUAUGAAACUUUACGACGGCACUGCACUAUACCGAAGCCUAAUAGAAAAAGCUAUAUGACAGCUUUCGUUGCCAUUUGACAUUUAACCUAAAUUUUUUAUGAAGAUUUUUUUCACUGUAAUAUUAUUAAUUAACAUAUAUUAUAACAAAAAUUGAUGCAAAUAAUAUAUUUAAGUAAGUAUGUAAAUUGUGGAUAAAAUCAUGAUUGUCAUCAAACAGUGCGUGAUUACGAAGUAUUGAAGACAACCUUUGGGUAGCAGGAAACUAUGAACAUACCGGAUUGAACGGGUGGUGCCGAUACACAUAUAACAAAACGAAGACGGAAACAUUACAAUACAUACCUAUGACAGACAAAAAUCCUACUCGAAAUGAUAAUGCUAAAGAUGUCGAAGAAAGUAAUUUAUCUAAACAAACAAAUCCUCAUACUUCCCUUGAUAUGUAUGCUAAUGAAGGUGAAGAAAAAAAUGUACGCGGAAUUGUAUUACAUAAAGAAAAACAUGAGGGUAGAAGAGGCCAAAUAAAGGCAGACACAGAAUCUAUAAAAAACCGGGAAUACAUCGUGUUGUGGUUCGGAAGUCAAUCAGGCCCCGCAGAGCUUUAUAGCGAAGAUAAAGAGGAUCGAAAUGAAUUCGUCCGAAAAGUCUUCAUCAUUUUGUUUGUUAUGCUGCUCUUCACUUUUGGGUUUAAUUUACUAGUAAUGAUGCACGAGGACUUAAGAGACUUCUUCAGAGAGUAUUUCUUGUAUAUAAUGUUACCUUGCAUCAUUGUGUUGGCGGGAAUGGGUUGUUGUAUGUCAACCCUGGAUUGUUGUCGGCGAAGCCCUACAAACUACAUAUGUUUAAUAAUUGUUGUAAUACUAUAUUCUCUAUUUUGCGCCUGCUACACCGCGCGGUACCGCACGCAUAUCGUAGUCAUAGCGCUGCUCGCAACGCUCGGGGUAGUGGCGGUCUGCGUGGCACUGGCGUGUACUAAUUUCGACUUCACAAAAUGCAUAAUAUACGUAAUCGUUAUCUCCGUCGCAUUGUCCAUCCUCAUUUUAAUCGUCGUGGUCAUGAUGUUGGUCUUCAACGUGUAUUCGAAACCUGUCAUGUUGGCACUUAUAUUUAUCUUGACUUUAGUCAAUGUCGUGAUGUUCAUAAUCGAGCUUCAGAUGGUUUUAGGAGGUAAAUCUGUCGAGUUGGGUGAGGAAGACUACGCUUUGGGAGCAUACCUGCUGUACACGUCCAUCGUACAGCUCUUCAUAAACAUUCUUUUAAUGGCGGGCAUGGGUGACAGUUGAAAAAGGAACAGGAUAGGACGAACUGCUAUAGAAACUCCAUAGAGUUGCCCCAAAAGAUGAGGCCAUAGUUGGAAAUGAAUGGCACGUAACUGUGUUAGGCUUAAAGUAAACUUUUGGCUGAUGGACACAAUAUAAAAUGAGAAUCAUCGCAUAACAAUGGAUUAAAGAAACAGAAACUCGACGAAUAGGAUGUAUUAACAACAUAAAAGAACGAUAUUUUUAUAUUGAACACUACAGUUUUUCAUUUUAAAAGGGAAAAUAUAAUAUGUCUUGAAAUAAAAUGAUCUUCAAAAGUAGUCAGAACAAAAUAUAUAACAUACUUUUAUGUAUAAGAUGCAGAAGGAGAUAAUUUUGGACACGGCGUGUAAAUGUGGUGGUUCCUUAAUCCUUAUAUACUCUGCGGCCCUGACCACCAGCAGCAUUGGCCCUGGCCCGCUGCCAGCAGCACUCAAGGUUAGGUUUUUAUGUUUACAUGUUUUUUUGUAUUGUUUUUGUACGUGUUUUGUAUUUUACUUCUACAUUCAUGUUAUAUACAACCUAACUUAAGAAGACAAAUAAAUAGAUUAUAAUUUAAUAUUCUUCAUA